AUGAUAUUGAAAAUUCUCUUUCUCCUAUUAGCCAGUUGUGCGAUCAACACAUCAUUAGCAGAUUUCGAAAUAGACACUGACCCCGAUAUUAACGAAUUCAUCUACGUCUCGGUUGAUCUCAUAGUCCCAUCUACAACUCCUCAAAUAAACAAUGAAACAACCCUCUUUAUCUGGCCUGGUCUUCAACCAUGGGGACACGAUUUCGAGCCGAUCGGAAAUGGAGUUCUCCAACCCGUAUUGACAUAUGGAUCAUCAUGUGCACCAAAUCAAAAUGGUAUUGAUCCUUACCAAUGGUGGAUAUCGGCUCAGUAUGUAAAUACUGAUGGGAAUAAGACGGGCUUCAUGGGCUGCUUUGGAGGAGAUGUGAUGACUGUGAAUGAAGGUGAUACAUUAAGGAUCGAGAUGGUGAAACUGGCAACAAGUGGGACUUGGAAUCAGACUGUUCUAAAUCUUAGCAAUAAUAAGACUGUAUGGUUUACAAUGGAUUUGGGAAAACAAGCGCAAGGGCGGUUCUAUUUAUUGACGGAAAUUACAUCGCUGACGAAUCCAUCAUCUUCAACUUCAAGCUUUCAUUUUCUUAGUUUACCUCCCGAACAAGAAACGUCAACAGACGAAUCAAGUCAAACAACACAAAUAACAACAGCUACUACUUCAAUCAUAGACAAUCCAUGGAUAUGUUCAAAUAUGACUGUCUUACAACAAAAAGAUAUGCCUGGUAAUGAUAUGGCUAAUGAACAACCAAAAACUUACACAGAAUGUUGUAUUUGGUGCUUGUCGACGUCUGGAUGUCGUGGAUUUGUAUGGGGUUGGCCAAAUAAUACGAGUUCUUUUCAGCAAUCUCAUUGUUGGUUGAAAAGCAUACUUGUUGCUCCAACUAGUCUCGCGCAAUUUACCAGUGUUCACUUCUAA